AUGCCUCGGGGCUUUUUGGUGAAACGGAGUAAACGCGCCUCGGGGGGUUCGUACCGGCCCCGACAUGAGUGCACGGAGGUGCUCAGAUCAGAGCCGCACGCGCUGAAGAGCGAGACGCCGCGCGACCUGGUCAGAGCACCGAGCACAGACGCCACGGCAGCGCGCACUGUGCACGCGCAGCCGCCACAACACUCCGCUCUCGCGCCCGGGAGAAGCGUCUUCCACAGCACGAUCAGAGCUGACUAUGAUGAGGAUGAGGAUGAGGAUGAUCACGGCGCUGACUGUCACAGACCCGCGGUGCCCCUGAGUGCGGGAUUAAAGCGCUCCUCGUUCUCUCGGUGUCUGAGCUCACCGGCUGCGGCAGAGUCGUUCCCGGUGUCCUCCAUCGAGCGCCUCCUCCUCUCCAGCCACGCGAACAUGAAGUUUGCUCCGUACCCUUCAUCAUUUCAGCAGAACCUGAAGCCCGAGAACAAGAGCAAGGCGCCGGGGAGGAAACCGAAAGUCGCCCGGAAGCUCACCUUUGAAGACGAGGUCACGACCUCGCCGGUGCUCGGACUGCGGAUCAAGAAGGAGAGCCCCGAGACCGCGCCGCUCCCGAGGAGCAAGAAGCCGCUGGGAGAGUUCAUCUGCCAGCUCUGUAAGGAGGAGUACCCGGACCCGUUCUCCCUGGCGCAGCACAGGUGCUCGCGCAUCGUCCGGGUGGAGUACCGGUGCCCCGAGUGCGACAAGGUGUUCAGCUGUCCCGCUAAUCUCGCCUCGCACCGCCGCUGGCACAAACCGCGCGACUCCCAAGACGGGAAAAAGUCUCAGGUGCACGAGAAGGCGUCGGUAGAAGGAAAGGAGAACGCGACCGACAUGAGAGUGAAACAACAACAGCAGCAUCAGCAUCCUCAUCAUCAUCAUCCUCAUCUUCAGCAUCAGCUCCUGUUUUUCUCCGCCGAGAGCGCGCAGGGCGGCCUGGCUCCCGCGGACACGCGCUGCGGCGCGCCGGAGAAGUGCUUUGAUAUGCGCACGAGCGCCACUGAUGACGGCUCGAGGCUGUUUGAGCGCCGCCGCGACGACACGGACCCGCUCGCGCCUGGGUAUCUGUGCGCGCGAGCAGCAGACGAGGAAGAGGAAGAGUACACGUGCCACUACUGCGCCAAGAAGUUUCGGAGGCACGCGCACCUGAGGAAACACCUCGCCGCUCACCAGAGCGUCCACGCUGCGGCGUUCAAGCACGCGGAGAGCGCGCCGAUCCCCUUCACGUGCCACCUGUGCGGCGCGCGCUUCCCUUCGGCAGAGGUGCGCGAGAAGCACCGGCUCUGGCACGCGCUCGCGGGACCGGGACCGGGCAAGACGGCGGGAGCGCUGAUGCGAGCGGACCUCAUGCUGCCUCCAAAACCAAGCCGGAUGUGGGAAAUUCCGACCUGA